AUGGGUUUCGAGCGUAAACAUGUCUCGAAGCUGGUACCGGCCAACCUGAAGUUGCUGUCUCCGCUGUUGCUCGCGGUUGCCAUCGUCAACUCUGCGACACUUGGGUACGAUGCGUCCGUCAUGAAUGGGCUACUCAUCCUGCCGUCCUACACCGAAUACUUUCACUUGACGACUGCAACUGAAGGCCUCAACAAUGCGGCAUCAUGGAUGGGCAGUAUCGUGGGAGCUUUCCUGAUGCAGCCGAUUCCGGAUUACUUUGGCCGCCGGCGAGCCAUUCUUGUUGCUUCGGUCAUCACCGUUGUCGGCAUCAUCCUUCAAGCUGCAGCACAGAACAUUGCCAUGUUCGUUGUAGCUCGCAUAAUUGUCGGCAUUGGGUCUGCAGUCAGCAACGGCGCAGCACCCACUCUUUUGGGCGAACUUCUUCCUCCGCAAAAACGUGGUCGUAUUUUGGGACUGUUCUUCUCCUGCUUCUACGUCGGAAGUCUUGCUUCGGCGAUCGUGAACUACGGAAGCCAAAACAUCGCCAGCACCUGGUCAUGGCGCUUACCUUCCCUGUUGCAGUUCGUACCCAGCCUUCUCGCCGUCGUCCUGGUUCCCUUUAUUCCAGAAUCUCCUCGGUGGCUCAUUGCAAACAAGCGGGAUGAUGAAGCGUUGGAGGUGCUCAUCAUCAUGCAAGGCAAGGGGGUCGAAGACAUGCAACAGGGACGGGAGAAUCUGCACGAGAUACGAGCUAUCAUGAAGAAGGAAGAGGAAGAGUAUCCUCGAAAUCCUUGGAGAGAAAUCUUCGCGACACCAGCCAACAGGAAAAGACUUGCCAUCCUUUGCUCAUUUGGUCCUAUGGUCAAUAUGUUUGGCAACUUCAUCAUCUCAUUUUACCUCACGAAGAUCCUUGAUCAGGCGGGUAUCAAAGACACUGUCAAACAAACUCAGAUCCAAGUCAUUCUCAACUGUUGGUCUUUUGCGGUGGCUGUCUUUGGUAGCUUUAUGCUUGACGUCCUCGGGCGGCGAAUCCAGAGCUUCAUUGGAAUCGCAGGCAUGUCUGCGACUCUCUACAUUAUCGGAGGUCUGAUCAAAAAGUACGGCGAAAGUACCAACCAGUCAGGAAUAUAUGGCACGAUUGCUGUGAUCUUCCUUUUUCAAGGCUUCUACGCCUUUUCCAUCACGCCAAUGACCAGCUUGUAUCCUACCGAGGUUUCUCAAUACAAGCUUCGCGCCACUGGUAUCGCCAUAUUUCGCAUGUUGGAUGCUGGCUUCGGGCUGCUCGCAUCAUUUUGCAUGGCUUAUGCAAUGGCAGACUUGGGCUGGAAAUUCUAUUUUAUCAACGCUUCAUGGAAUUUGUUAUUUCUCGUCGUUGCCUACUUCACAUUCGUUGAGACUAAGGGUCUCAAAUUGGAAGAAAUUGCAGCCAAGUUCGAGGGAUCCCGCAUUCUCGAUGCCAUUGCUGAGGAUUCAGACUCUCAAGAGACCAGAGACGCCAAGGUCUUGGGCAGCAUUGACACUAAAGCUAUGGCAUAG